AUGUCCCAAGAGCGUCGUCGACUCGACUCGAACGAGUCCCAUAUGAUGCGUUGGGGUAGGAGUCACGACCAGCUUGAGACACCUUCGCCCUCUGCGACGUUUAAGCGUGCAAAAUUGGCGAGCUUGGUGUACAGCUCACCGUCAGCUCUACCUGGAGGUACCAACGACAGAAGUGACCUCGUUAACGUCUCUAUGGUUGGAAGUAGUACUGGUGGUUACAAUCACUUGCUUGUAAAGCCUCAUGAUGUCUCAGGUCAAGCAGAUAUUCCUCAAAUGGUGAACCAACAUAAUGUUAAGUUUAAAGAAGUGCCCUGUCAACAGGUAAUGUACCCCGUUGCGACCAACUUUAAUAUGAACGUUCAACCGAAACCGGCGCCGAUUUUGCCGUUGACUCAGUACCCCGUUCGACCCGCACCCCAGGCAUCAAUUGUCCCUUAUCCUCGAGCUGGCCUCGAGCAGGUGGCGCUUCCACCGAUCGUCGGUCCUGACGCCCUGAAACCGCUGUUCCCACCGAUAUUGCCGCCGCCACUGAUCAUUGGUGGCUUCCUGGCCCCCCCUGUCGCCUCUGCUCCACCCACUAACGGUACCGUCCCCAUCAAGCCUACGUCCCCGAUGUUGAAGCGCCACGAUCCCAUUUACUACCCCCCAAGCGGUCAAAUGAUGCCCCAGUCUCCACCACUGCCAGUACUGCAAGCGCCGCCACCACCACCAUCACUGCCAACACUGGCAGCGCCGUCAGCACCAUUAACACAGCCAGCGCCGCCAGCGCCGUCAGCACCAUUAGCACAGCCAGCGCCAUUGCCACAAGCACCAUUAACACGACCAGCGCCAUUGCCGCAAGCGCCACCAGCAUGGCCAGCCCAGUUACCGCCGCCAGCGCCGCCAGCACCGUUAGCACGGCCAGCCCAGUUACCGCCGUCAGCACCGACAGCACCGUUAGCACGGCCAGCACGGCAAGGGCCACAAGCACGGCCAGCACCGACAGCACCGUUAGCACGGCCAGCACGACAAGGGCCACAAGCUCGGCCAGCGCCACAAGCACCGACAGCGCCGUCUAGCGCCACUGGCGCCCCCACAACUAACCUACCAUCGCCGCCUCAAGCUGUUCUGCAUAAUUUCAAAAACGGCCGUUACGGAAUAUGCCACCAUUGCAGAACCCAAUGGACCCCUCAAUGGCGUGCAGGUCCUAAGGAGAUGCACACUCUUUGCAACGCCUGUGGCCUUUUUUACGAAAACUUGGCGUGGCGCAUCGGCCCCGAACGUGCUGCCAACGUAAUGAUGAAGACCAGAGUAAUCCAGCAUCACCCAGACAAUAACACCGAUGCAAACAUAGAGCUGGGAGCGUCGGAGCCCGGGAGAACUCAUAAUACCACGGAACCAAUGGCGCAGAAUUGUACUGUGCGGCCCAGAAAGUGCCAACGAUGCAUCGGCACUACUGCAACUCACCGGGGUCCCAACGGGCACUGUACCCUUUGCAAAGCCUGUGGUGAAUUAUACACCAAUAUGGUGAAGUUACACGGCGAAGGAUUGGCAGCCAAAAUUAAUUUUGGAGAGGUCCCCCCCCAGCGCAGAAACCAAAGUCCUAGAAUCCAAAACUUUUCGGAGCUGACUGUCGCUCGAGUGGCGGCACACUCGCCCCAUCUGGGUCAGAUGUUUCAUACUGAUGGGAUUGGCGUUAACUUCACGACGCAAACACAUCCUUUCCUGCAUUGGCAGCCGUCUGGAAAUUACAGACGCGGAUCUGUUCACACCGAUACUUCCCAACCAGUCCUUAAACCAUCGUCUCGACUCCAUGAAGAUUGGAUUGGGUUGGAUCCUGGUAGUGCGGUAGAACCUGUUGACAAUGAAACGAGCAAACUGACAAGCGGUAAAGAUGAAGCCGGUAAAACAAAACAGACAAUCACUGACGGCGAUCAAAGUGCUGGCAAGCAAAAGGCCAGUGAGUCUGAGGUCGGUGAUAUCGAAGACAGCAUUCUCAACGAUGGUACUGUUGACUCCCCUAACGAAUGCCCCGAGACAGGUAGUGCAGAUCAAGAACACGGCGAACCCGAAAAGAGCGUCAUGAUGCACAGCGAAACUGGUCUUGUAGUUUGUGCGUUGAACCAUACCCCAACGGUGGUGCUACCUCACCAGGUAAAUUCUCACGUUUCACUGUUUCAUGAGAAAAGCCUCAGACACUCCAAAGAAGUCCAAAGGAGACUUCGUAAUGAACUCCAGAAGGGCACGGCAAAAGAGGUUCCUUUCAACGUUAUGACUAGGCUUCCCGGCAUCCCUGUUGAAGAUACAUUCUAUUGCUUCCUGUGUGGUAAGAUCUGCGGGCGCACAAUUUUGCAUUUCAAAGGCCAUUGUGAUUGCGAUGUCAACAAGCGAGUAAUAGUCGAAAGCCAGCAGUGUUGGCGACAGAAGUACGUGAUCGUGGGACCCUUGCCAGAACCAUUCGAUGGUGGUGGAAACGUCAAUUCGAAAAACUCGACGACUGAAAUCUGUGAUGAUGCCCAACUGCCUAACAAUGAUGAUGCCUUUGCAUACUCGCCUAACGUUAAGGAGACUACGUCCAAUGGACCCAAAUUGAACAUAAUCAAGCACGAGGAAACCGGCCUCCUUCUGUGUGCUCAUGACCAUGAACCCAUGGUUGUGCUUCCCUACCAAAGCGCUUCACACGUCAAAGUUUACCACUCUGAUGAGCGGGGAGGCUCCGGCGAGUUGCGCCAAGCUCUUUGUCGACUUUUAGAAGCGUCUCCGGUUUUUGAGGUUCCCCUCAACAUUUUAACUGAACUUACAGGCAUUCCAGUUGUCGUGGCCGAGUACUGUUUUGGGUGUCAUAAGGUCACUAGGUGCCCUGCUUAUCAUGACUCGCUCAUGAAGUGCAAGGGAAGCAGGCGAGCGGAAGUGAAGUGUCAGUACUUGUCCCGCUUCAAGAGCGUGAUUCUUGGACCCAUGCCAAAAUUGCCCUAUGAGGAUCAUGUGCAAAACAUUGACGACGACGUGGCGGAAACUGAAGAUGUCAAGGAAGUCUCUCGACAAACCCCCGUUGGUAUCCUUAAAAUUGAGGGGAACAAACUGGGACUUGAACAAGGUGAGAAAGUGUCUCUGCCUAUCCUUGUAAAAAACCCAUUAAGGACGAAUGGUGGUGAAUCCGCGAAUGAUGAUGAUUUACGUGUGUUUGCUAAGGGUAGCGAACCGUUAAUUUUGCUUAGAUAA